UUUUUGAUUUUCAAAAAACCCAUAAUCCUCCAUUUCUCACUCUUCAACAAGCUUUUUUCAAUGGCAACUUCAGUUAGACCCACUACUCUUAAUGACCUUCCCGACGUAAUACUUUCCAACAUAAUCGCCGCCGUCUCCGACGUCCGCAGCCGGAACGUCGCCGCGCUCGUCUGCCAUAAAUGGCUCGUCCUAGAACGUUCCACCCGCACUUCUCUCACGCUCCGAGGCAACACGAACGACCUUUUCAUGCUCCCCACUUGCUUCCGAUCCGUUACUCAUCUCGACCUCUCGCUCCUCUCUCCUUGGGGCCAUUCCCUCCUCUCUCCACGCGCCGCCGCAGAUAACGACGAUUCAACCCUCAUCGCACGCCUUCUGCGCCACGCAUUUCCUUCAGUCAGUUCUCUCACUGUAUACGCGCGUGACCCACACGCGCUCCAGCUCUUGCCCAUCCAGUGGCCCCAGCUUAAGCAUAUCAAGCUUGUCCGAUGGCACCAGCGUCCGCAAUUAGCUAGUGGGGAUGAGUUCAACUUACUAUUUCAGGGGUGCUCGCAACUGGCCUCGCUUGACUUAUCUACUUUUUAUUGUUGGACUGAGGAUUUACCACCAGCCCUUGAAUCGAAUCCUGUUGUUGCGAGUAACAUGACUGUAUUAAAUCUCUUAAACGCUUCAUUUUCGGAAGGUUUUAAGACGGACGAGAUUAGAGUCAUCACUAAAUGCUGUCCUUAUUUGAAAGAGUUUAAGGUUGUCUGUAUGUUUGAUCCAAGGUACAUUGGUUUUGUUGGUGAUGAGGCUUUGGUAUGUGUAGCUGAAAAUUGUCCCAAAUUGUCUGUGCUUCAUUUAGUGGAUACGUCUGUUUUGUCUAAUUGCAGGAGUGAGAGUGAUCUAGAUGAAGAGGGGUUUAGUAUCGACGAUGGGAAGAUUAGUGUUUCAACUUUGAUUGAGGUAUUUUCGGGUCUUCCUUUACUUGAAGAGCUUGUAUUAGAUGUUUCUAAUAAUGUUAGAGAUAGUGGUCCUGCUUUGGAAGUGCUGAACAAGAAAUGUCCCAAGUUGAAAUUGUUGAAGUUGGGGCAAUUUCAUGGCAUUUCUAUGCCAAUUGAGUCAAAGUUGGAUGGUGUUGCGCUUUGUCAGGAAUUACAAUCUUUGUCGAUUAGGAAUGUGGGUGAUUUGGAUGAUAUGGGUUUGAUUGCAAUUGGUAGAGGGUGUACAAGAUUGGCCAAGUUUGAGAUUCGAAAUUGUAAGAAGAUCACGAUGAGAGGAAUGAGAACGCUAGCUUCUUUGCUCCGGAAAAGUUUGGUUGAUGUCAGUAUAUCUUGUUGCAAGAAUCUUGGAGCGUCUUCUUCGUUGAAAGCAUUGGAACCGAUACAAGAACGUAUCGAGAGGCUUCAUAUUGAUUGUGUGUGGGAUAGUGUUGAAGAAAUUGAAAAUCUUGAUGGUUGUGUUGAAUACGGGUUUGAUCUCAAUAAGGCCAAUGGCGGUGAGGCAUCAAGCCAUCCUGCUGGAUUCGGGGACGCAUCUGGAUCAGUUGAUGACGAUUUCAUGUUUAACAGGAAUAAAAGAUGCAAGUACUCCUAUGAUCUUAAUAGUGUUUACGUGGAAGAGAAUGGCCAUGGCAAUGGAUAUGGCGAACGAAUAUGGGACCGGCUGCAAUAUCUCUCACUUUGGAUUGGUGUUGGUGAGCUUUUGACUCCUUUAUCAGCUGCAGGUCUUCAAGAUUGUCCUAAUUUGGAAGAGAUUAAGAUUAAGGUAGAAGGAGAUUGUAGGCUAUGGUCAAAACCUUCAGAGAGGGCGUUUGGGUUGAGCACCCUUAUACGGUUCCCUAAGCUUGUGAAGAUGCAUUUGGAUUGUGGAGAUAUCAUAGGUUACGCACACACUGCCCCAUCGGGCCAGAUGGAUUUGAGCUUGUGGGAACGGUUUUAUCUCUUUGGGAUUGGACAUUUGAAUCUCAGGGAGCUUGAUUACUGGCCACCACAAGAUAGGGAUGUUAACCAAAGGAGUCUAUCACUGCCGGCAGCUGGGCUGCUCCAAGAAUGCCUUACACUCAGAAAGCUGUUCAUCCAUGGAACAGCGCAUGAACAUUUCAUGAUGUUCCUACUUAGAAUCCCAAACCUACGAGAUGUACAGCUGAGAGAAGAUUACUAUCCGGCGCCAGAGAAUGACAUGAGUACAGAAAUGAGAGCAGGCUCCUUGAGCCGAUUUGAGGCAGCCCUAAACAGACGCCAGAUUUGUGAUUGAUGCAAAAAACUGAUAAUAUUGUACAAUUUUCCAAUAUCUAAUUGUCCUCGGUUUUAUUCCUGAUAGAUGCACGGAACAGAUACUGUUAUGCAACUUUCCGGUACCCAAUAGUCAUAGAGUACAUUCCUGGGAUAGUCAUGUUGUCAUAUUAAAUAUCCAGAUUAAUGUACCAGUUAAUUUACGCAUCUUGAACAAAGAAGAUGGUCAAUUUUGGGAGUGAAAUUUCAUUGCUGAGAGCAGAAAUAGGUGUAUGAACACUACUUUUGAUUGUGCGGAAGGAUGAAUGUAUUAAUAUUUUGUUUCUAAAUCUGGAAAAUCACCCAACAUUUACAACUUGA